GCUCUAUUUGUUUGCCGGUCAUGGUACAGAUGUGCCGUUCCUAGCUUAUGGAAAUAUAUCAAACUAAAGGGGAAUGACCUGAAAUGUUACCAUUAUUUUCCAGAUGAUUAUACUUAUCAAGAGAGAGACCGUACUCGUUUGGAAAGAUUUGUAAAAAUAAUGUGCGAAAAGCAUAAGCCAGCUUAUGUCUCGAAUGUAACCCAUCUAGAAAUUACUUAUUACCAUUCGCUUUCGGAUAGAAAAAUAAAAAAUAUUGUGGAUACAUUUCCGAAUAUAAUUCAUUUAAAUUUCAAAGAAAGUAUAGGUUUUGGUUAUAGAUCACUAUUUAUAAUAGCGGAAUCAUAUCUUAAUUUAAGAUAUCUCAAUUUGUGGGAUGCUGAAGCGAUAACCGAUAAAGGCUUAUGUGCGAUCGUACGAUCAUGCCGUAACUUAGAACAUCUAAAUAUUUCUUACUGCAGGAAUAUUACCAAUGAAUCUUUGUUUGUAAUUGCAGAUAAUUGUCAUGAUUUACAAGAGUUCCAUUUUGCCGAAGCACGUCGGAUCACAGAUAAAUCUAUAUGUUGCAUCUUAAACUCAUGCCCAAAUUUACGUAAAUUUGAUAUUGCAUAUAGCAAGGGGAAAAUUAAAAAUGCUAGUACUUUAAUGCAGAGAUGUCUCAAUAUAGAGUAUCUUGACUUUGCUGGUGUUAUGGCUUUCUAUGAUGAUGCAUUAAUUGUAGCUAUCAUUAGAGCAUCUCCGAAUUUAAGACACUUAGAGAUUGGUGGUAAUGAUAUUGGUGAUGAGGUUACUGAGGCGCUAGCCCAUACUUGUCAAAAAUUAGAAUAUUUCGAUUUAAGUUGUUGUACAUUUAUUAGUGAAUUAUCAAUCUGCAAUGUUAUUCGCUCCUGCCCGAAGAUUCAGCAUCUCAGCCUUCUCCGAAACUGA